AUCAUGACAGCCACUAUUUACGAUAAAGCACUCCGCCCCGUCGACAAGAAUCGUCGCGUCACCCAGAUCGCAGUGACCGCAUGUGACUCGGUCUACGCUCCUAUGGGCUCCGAAGGAGUCGGCGUCUUUCACUGGCGGAUAUACUUGCUGCUCGGACCUGACGGUGACGGUUCUGCCAGCCGUUCCGUUCUCUUAGACAUGGUACCAGCAAACCCGCCCUUUGGAACCCUAAUCAUCGCGAGUGAGGACAACGUGGAUUCAGAUGGACUCGUCAAGAUCGAGCUUCCUGUAGCUCCGGUGGACGGGCUCACGGUUCGCCAAGUUAUCGACCUGAUCGUCUCCAACCGCAUGGAUCGCUACAAGUUCGACGCCUCUGGUUCGGGAUGUCUGUUUUGGCUUUGGAAUGUACUCCAGCAGCUGCAGAAUGCUCGUCUUGUCGAGGAUGGAGCGGUGGCAAAGCUCCAAGCUUUCCAUGCAGAGCGGACGAGAUUGGAGCCCAGCAGGCACCCUGUACCCAUACGGCAAGGGGAAUUCUAUUAGAAACCUGUCCGCAUACCGCGUUCCUACAAUUCGCCCUUUCGACUGUUAAUUGCAGUAGUGACCUGAUAGUACAUGGGUUUCACAUGAGAUCUCUCGUACCGUUGGCCCAGCCAAAUUUGGAGAUGAUAUGAGUCUGACGUUGGCAGGAGACAGCCAUAAAACCGAUUUUCUAGCGCUUCCAUGUGCCAGCUAUCUCCCAAGUGCUCCGCAUUGCAACGUACUCACACCACUGGGAAUAG